UCUCUGCACGCGUAGAGCUGUCUCACCCGUCACGGCGGAGUAGCCCUCUUCUGUGUGAACCAAUGAGCCUUGGACAGAGAGGGACAGAGUGAUACAAAGAAACGGGAGGGGGAGACAGUGCAAGAGAAAGAGGAGGUGAAGAGCCACGGAGCAAAACACAUACAUCGCUGCCUGGGAGACUCUGACGUCUCCCCUCAUGCGUCUGUUUCAGCGUGUGUGAGCACAAGAGGAGCAGAGAGGGAGGGCAGGAAAAUAAAUCCCGGGAUCUUGUGUCCUCUCUUUGCUUUAUAUCACCUUCUUUUUUUAUCUCCAUCAUCCAAGGCAUGAAGGCGGGUGUCAGCUGGCACGGCAGAAUAAAAGAAGGGGAUGCUUUAAACGCUGUAUGUCUUUCGACAAGGGAGAAGGAAGAGGAAGGGGGUGACAACACACGGCAGGGACAAAAACAGGAUUUCUAGAAUGAAUGGGAGUCGUUCUGCCGCAUUCACUGGGAAUAGCAGUCUCACACAGAUGUCUCUGAAUGAGCGUUCAGCCCUAAGGAUGACCAACUUACUCAGAGAGCUUGGAUGUCACCUGUGUCCCUGGUUUCACCGCAUUUGACUGCCUUCAACGCUCUCAAAGCGGCACCCAUUGAGACGGGCUGGGAGACCAAGAACCCCGACGACACAGACGCAAGUAGGAGAGGAAUACACUGGAGGAGGGGCCUGCGUUCACUGCAGACAAGCAGAGGGCUGCUUGUAAUGCCAAGCCAAAUAACCACUCCUGGAGAUGCCGAAGAGAAGAGAUAUUCUUGCCAUUGUGUUGAUUGUGUUACCUUGGACUCUGCUCAUCACUGUCUGGCACCAAAGCGCUAUCGCUCCAUUUGUCGCCAUCCGCAAAGCCUGUCACCUCCUAGUAAAAGAGAUCUUUAUCAUUCCAGAGAGGCUUACAAUCCGCCACCACCAGCUCUCAGAUGAUAGAGUCGAGGGCAGGGGGGAGGCAGGUGGCCAGGCGCAGGACUCCAAGGAAUACUGUGCCUCUGAUAAGUACAUAGUGGAGGUGGUGAGGACAGAGUACGUGUAUACACGGCCACCGCCCUGGUCCGAUGUGCUACCUACCAUCCACAUCAUUACCCCCACAUACAGCCGACCGGUGCAGAAAGCAGAGCUGACGCGGCUAGCAAACACCUUCCUCCAUGUACCCAACCUGCACUGGAUCCUGGUGGAGGAUUCGCAAAGGAGGACGCCUCUUGUUACACGGCUCCUUCGAGAAACUGGGCUUAACUACACUCACCUCAAUGUAGAGACGCCCAGAAACUAUCAACUGCGGGGUGACAUUCGUGACCCCAGAAUCCCCAGAGGGACCAUGCAAAGGAAUCUGGCCCUCCGGUGGCUGAGGGAGACCUUUAACGCUAACAACAGUCAAGCUGGAAUCGUCUACUUUGCUGAUGAUGACAAUACUUACAGCCUGGAGCUGUUUGAGGAGAUAAGAUCGACGAGGAAAGUUUCGGUGUGGCCUGUGGCCUUUGUGGGUGGCUUGCGGUACGAGUCCCCCAAGGUCAAUGCAGCUGGAAAGGUCUACGGCUGGAAGACGGUGUUCGACCCCCAUCGGCCCUUUGCCAUUGACAUGGCUGGCUUUGCCAUCAACCUGAGACUCAUCCUCAUCAAGCCACAGGCAUAUUUUAAGCUUCGUGGGGUGAAGGGAGGCUACCAGGAGAGUAGUUUGCUCCGGGAACUUGUCACACUCAAUGACCUGGAGCCUAAAGCAGCAAAUUGCACUAAGAUACUUGUUUGGCACACGAGAACGGAGAAACCUGUCCUCGUGAACGAGGGGAAAAUAGGAUUCACAGACCCCAAUGUGGAGAUCUGACCAUUUUCUCUCUAACCACGGUGGUUGGGCCUUGGAUUUGCAGAGGUGGAAAAUGCCAGAGUCUCGUGACGUGCAAACCAGUGCUCAUGUCUUAAUCACCAAGAAUAAAAAGGAAGUGUGGGCCUUUUAUGGGGGAUUCUAUCCCCUACAACGAAUAUAUAUAUGUAUCAUAUUAAAGCACAGAUAAGUAAGAGGUGGCGGGGUUUCUUUGUCAGGACUAAGGUGCAGAGGACAUAAUGGGAGUCUGUGCUGAUGGUCAUGACCUGCAUCUUAGACUGAAGACAACCAACAAAAGAGACAGCACAACAUGAAAGACAAACAACCAGCGGAUUUCACCAAACAAGCAGGUUAAAAAGAAAACACUAAGGAAAUUAAACAGAUUUUGUUUGGCUCUGCUCAUGGUACAGAAGAGAAACUCAUCUUCAAUGUUAGGACAUGGCCUACAUAAGUCUGGAUUAAAAAAAAAAAUGGGAAGGGAAAGAAUGUUCUUUUGAUAACUAUUAAAUGUUUGCUUUUAUUUAACUUAAUGGGACUGGGUCUUUUGCAAGCACUUGACUUACUUGUUAGUUCAAUACUACUGACUUUUACGUACAUUUACUCUUGGGUUUAUCAUCGUUCAUUUUAUAGUGUCAUUAUCAACUCAUGCAUUUAAGCCACCUGUACACAUGAAGAGAGACAAACAUCAGCAAAGAUAAAACACACAACUGCUUGUGCUAUGAUGGACUAUGGCCAUUAUUGGUUAAAUUAUUAAUUAAUUAGAAAGUAGAUUUCCUGCCAAACAUACGUGUAUAUUCUGACAUAACGUCAUUUACAUUACAUUUACAAACAAAAACAACAUUUUACUGGGUAUAUAGAUUAUUAGUCUCUUUUGCAAGUGAGACAUACUGUAGACCUACUCAUUUAUUAGGACAAAAACAUGUGGAAAAUAAGAUACACAUUAUAAUUCUGAAAGUAACAUAUCGUGAGUUGAUCCUGAAGCUCAAAGAAAAGAACAUUACAAAUCCACUUGCCCAUAGCAAUACACUUUCACUCACAUAUGGCUUUGUAGUUUUUAUCAAAAAAAAUUUUUACUUUACUUUUUGUUAAAAGUUUCUAAAUUUAAGGUCAGAGUUUUUUGUUAAACUAACAAUGGCCCUAGUGCAUCGUCGUACUUUUGUAGCAACAGACAUGUGUAAAUAGUAAUUUAAAAA